AUGAGUGCGUUUACAAAAUACGCACUGAUUGGUGUAGCCAUCGCCACCGUAACGCUCACACUAGCGCUACGAUGGACAACCGCUCUCCUUGAUCCCCCCAAAACCACCUUGAAACAGCUGCUCCGCUCUCGAGCGCUUCCAAACGAGCGCCUCAUACGCGCGCUAGGCAUGACGAACACCUUUGUUAGCGACGACCUGUUUGUUCAUUCUGCCUUCGUUAGAGCGGCAAAAAUGCUGAUAGCAAGAGCAAAUCCUAGAGAUAGGAAAGGAUGGGACGGGUGGGUAGGCGAGGUUUCAAAGUGCAUUGAUCACUACCUCCCGCUCGAUUCCAUCCAAUUCGCCACAUAUAUGCAAUCCGUUACUUUUAGUAUCGUCCUAACCGGUUUUCUCGACGCAGAUCUAGCUGCCCUAGAUCCUCGCGAUGUUGCUUCCGUCACGAAAGCAAUAAACGAACGCUGGAUGCAAGCUAAGACAUCGCAGCAGCUUCAUCCUCAUCUCCUUUCGGAGAUUAAUGAUCACAUAUUUCGAUGGGUCCCCAACAGGGACCAAUAUCCCAAUCCCCUCGACUUCAUCAUCCCCGCAUUCGAGACCAUGUGGCGAGUUGUAGCCAUUACCACCGUAUAUGCCUAUCGAGACGAAUCAAUCCGGCAUGCAUUUUUAGAUUUCGGAGAUAAUUCAACGCUUCCCCAGUUUCAAGCGUUCAAGAAGGCAGGGCCCAGUGUAGAGGCAGUCGUACUAGAAGUACUGCGCCUCUACCCGCCUACUCGGCGCAUUUCACGAGUGAAUCCCAGCCCACCGUCCAAAUUCCCUUUCGCUGCCUCCACAACAGAAUCAGAUAGCAUCGAGGUAGCUGAAAUUGAAACAUACCAUAAAUCUCAGGAGUGGGGAGAAAAUCCCACUGAAUUCGAUCCUAUGCGCUACCAUCCCAGUAAGGGGGCUUCCGAUUUGUUUGCGUUUGGAUAUGGAAGGUUGAAAUGCGUAGCUUCGAGUUGGGCGCCCAUCGCCGCAGCGACAAUCGUUGCACGCAUUCUGGAAAGAGUGGACGAACGUGAGUUUGAAAUAAAAGAAGGUGAAGCCAUGGGCAGGAGGGACGGAUGGGGAGGAUGGUCAAUAAAAAGAAAAUAUUGAAGGACGAGUACAUGUACGAUUACAUUACCCAUCCACAUAGCUAUGCUAUCUCCACAAAUAAGUUACCCACAGUCGAAUUCAUUUUUCGUAGCGCGUUUUCAGGAUACAGUAUACGUACUUCCAUAGUAGCAUUCAGUUCGCGGACAGCAUUAUUGACUCGUCGAAAAGCGAUUACUUGCACUUGCAAAAACGUCGUUCUAAU